AUGGCCAUCGGGGUUGUGUGCAUCCACCCCGAUACCUGCCCCAUCCACCGGCCGCUUGGCGGUGCCAGGCUGGGCCGUGCCAGCCGCGGCUGGCACGGAGCCCCUCGCCGGGGUGCGGCCGCGCUGCCGGUGGCCCCGGGGUGGGUGCGCCGCGCUGGGGGGCUGCUCUGCAACGGCAGUCUGCGCCGCUACAAGCACCCGUCGGAGGAGGAGCUGUGCGCCCUGGCCGGGAAGCAGAAGCCCAAAGGCAAGCGCGAAAGGAGGGUGAACGGGGUCUCCGACGACAAGCCGCUGUCCGUGCCCCGGGACAUCGACCUGCGCCUGGAGACCAGCCCCAUCACCGCUGUGGACGCUCUUGUGCUGCGCUACUUCCUCGAGUACCAGUGGUUCGUGGAUUUUGCCGUCUACUCCACGCUGGUCUACCUCUUCACCGAGGGCUACUACUGCUUCGUAGACCCCCAGAAGGAGGUCAACAUCGGCAUCCUGUGGUGCUUGCUCACCAUCUUCUUCUCCGUCAAGGUGUUUUUCAUGGUGAUGCGCCAUUACUUCCGGUCGGAGGAGGGGGGCGAGCGCUCCGUCUGCCUCACCUUCGCCUUCUUCUUCCUCCUCGUCGCCAUGGUGGUGCUGGUCGUCCGCGAGGACUACCUGGAGUUCGGCCUGGACUCGGGACUCAACAACGUCAGCGAUAACCUGGAGGUUUUCCUAAAGCACCAAGGAUGGGAGUGGACCAUCCCUGUCACCAAGCUGACCUUCAAGCUGGGGCUGGUGGCGCUGUGCUCCUUCCUGGGCGCCUGCCUGACCUUCCCGGGGCUGCGGCUGGCUCAGACCCACCUGGACGCGCUCAAGAUGGCAGCGGACAGACCCCUGACUCAGAUCCUGCUGCACGCCAGCUUCCUGGCACCGCUGAUCGUGAUCAUCUUGUGGGUCAAGCCCAUCUCCCGGGACUUCCUGCUGCACGCGCCCAUGGGGAAGCAGACCGUCCAGCUCAUGUCGGACACCGCCUACAACUCAGUGCGGCUCUGGACCAUCGUGUGCCUGUGCCUGCUGCGUCUGGCCAUGGCCCGCUACCAUCUGCAAGCCUACCUCGGCCUGGCUGAGCGCUGGGUGGAGCAGAUGAAGCGGGAGGCAGGGCGCAUCUCUGUCCUAGAGAUCCAGCGCAAGAUCACACGGAUCUACUGCUACGUGACCGUGGUGAGCCUGCAGUACCUGGGCCCCAUCAUCCUCACGCUGCACUGCACUCUGCUCCUCAAGACUCUAGGAAACUACUCGUGGGGCCUGUACCCCGAGCCCCUGCCCGUCUCCCCUGCAGUGGACGCAGCACCGGUCCUGUCCCUCGCCCCCCCGGAGGAGGAGGAGGAGGAGGCCGGGGAAAACGUCCAGGCCACGGUGGAGCAGAUCACGGGCGCGCUGGGAGCCCUGGGCAGUGUCCUCACCCCGCUCUUUUACCGCGGCCUCUUUGCCUUCCUCACCUGGUGGGUGGCUGCCUGCCAGGUUAUCACCAGCCUCUUCGGGCUCUACUUCCACCAGUACCUGGCGGCCUCCUAACCCGGCUGCAGCAGGGCAGGUGGUUCAGGGGGGCCUGGGGAGACAGCUGGCUGGUGCCGUCUCCCAGUACCUCUGGCCUGAGCCGCCUCUGCUGCCCGCACCCAUCUAUCACCGUGGUGCCUGCUUAGCCUCAGGGCAUCCGUCCUUCCGCCUUCCGCUUUGCUGCAAAGCCCCACCAGCUGCACGGCCUGGGGACUGAAAAGGCAAAUUGCUUUCUGCCCCUGGUAUUCCCCUGCCCUGCAGCCAUGCCAUAGCCUCCCAUCUGAUCUGGGAGCACUUCAUGCUGGCUUGCACCGGUGCAAAUGCUCGUGCAAGGAGCAAGGGUGUGGGGUCGGGCCUGCAAAUUGCCUUGGGGAUGCCCAAUGCAUGGACUGGGAGCUGCAGCCCUGCCUCCAGCAGCAGUUGGAUGGCAUUUUUUGUUAGCACUGCCCCCACAGGGGCUGGGGGCUCCUGCCUCUGCUCCCCCUGUGAGGCUACCCUCAGGAGUGUGUGCCUGGCCCCCACGGCAGCUGCACACUGGGACCUGGGGGUUGAAUAAACGUGUGACUCCGA